AAAAAUUUAUGACUGAUUCUGCUUCCUCAGAGCUCCACUGGACAUCCACAGGCAGUUUCAAUGACUUCAGAGAAUGCCCACUUCUUCAGAUGACUUCCCAGUUCUCUGCUUAACGUUGCCGUCAGCUCGUUCCUAUCUACCACCUUCAUAGCUGUGAGUUCCUUCUCUUGCUUUUGUUGUGUUGGGCAAUUUCAGGAAGGAUUUCUGGUGAGGAUACUGCAACUGGGAAGCCGAGGCUCCUUUGGCUGAGGAAAAAGGAAAGUAUGGGCCACCAUUCUUGCUGCAGCAAGCAGAAAGUCAGGAGGGGACUUUGGUCACCUGAAGAAGAUGAAAAGCUCAUCAAUUACAUCACCACCUAUGGUCUUGGCUGCUGGAGUUCUGUACCAAAGCAAGCAGGCCUUCAAAGAUGUGGCAAGAGUUGUAGGUUGAGAUGGAUUAAUUACCUCAGGCCUGACCUGAAACGAGGAAACUUCUCCCUCCAGGAAGAGUCUCUCAUCAUUGAGCUCCACAGAACACUUGGAAAUAGAUGGGCACAGAUAGCUAGGCAUCUUCCUGGAAGAACGGACAAUGAGGUGAAAAACUUCUGGAACUCUUCCAUAAAGAAAAAGCUAAUCGCAGAUGGCGCAGAUUUGGCAAGAAAUGACAAAUUAAAAUCUAUUGUUGACAGUUCUAGUGAGAUACUAUCCAUGGAUAUGAAAUCCUCGACUCCACUUGUUCCUUACCCUCAUGAGAUUGCAAUUCCUAUAUCUCAUGCGUGUCCACCUCAAGAUAAAGAUCUUCUCAGUCCAAAGGAAAAGAAUGCCAACCUCAAUGCAGAAUGGGUAGUUGCACCGUCAGAAUGGUCUUUUGAUUAUCCAAGUCACAUGCCAAGCAUCUAUGAUAUUCAUGAUGGUGGAUUUCCCUCUUACUGCUUCCAAAGCAAUAAACUGGAAGCAAUUGGUGCCUCCUUUGAUCAGUCAUCCAGUUCAUCUAGUUCCACUCUAAUGCCAAAAUUAUGUGAUAUCAUAGACAUGGCCGAAUAUAACACCACAAGAAGCCAGAACAAAGGUAUCGAAGACGUAGUCAAUGCCUCAUACUUCGCAUCUUCAUCAUAUCAUCAUGUCGGUGGACCAAACGAGGCUCUGGAUGGCAUGCUAUGUCUUGAUUCCAUGACUUCAUCACCUCUGUCAGAACAUCUUCAUCUCAGUACCAGCUUACCUUCAAACUGGGAACUGAAAUAUUCGUAGUUUUUAUUUUCUUAGGGUAGCAUCUGUGCUCAUGAGUAAGCAUUUGUUAUGGUUAAUUAAGAUCUAUUAUUCAGUACAGUACAUAUUAGAAGUUGGAAUUGGUUGGCUAUAUGAAGACGAGCUGCAUUAAAUGUUACUCAAAGUUGCAAGUGUAGCAAUUUGCACGUGAGUGUGGAUAUGAUUACAAUCGUGGCAUAAUAGAGCUGCUAGAUUACAGCCAUAGAUGGAAUGUGGUAAGGUGCAACAAGUCCACUGAAUCAACUUGAUGGGUCCUUGAUUCUGCCCAUCCAAUGAUGAUGAGGCUGGUGUAAAAAUAAAGGAAAGCAGGGUCUCGCAGAUAAGGAAGCUUGUGGCUUACACAUCAGAGCCAGAGGGUUUCUAGUACUUUGAUCAUUAAGGAUCUAAGCGUGCAGUUCCAUGCAUGCGUUCCACAAUUCUUGUGGCUAUCCUAUAUAUGCACUCAUGCUCCCUCUGCUAGUCAUCAGUAUUAUGUAUAGAAUAACUGCACUACCUAGAAAGCAAACUCUUUCUAGAUUGCGCUUUACUUCUCUACUUUUGCUGGCUUCAUGUAUGGAUCUCACUGUUCUUUAUUACUGCAGCUUUAUUAUUUUA